GGUCAGGGUGAGGGGGUCCCGGACCGGCUUCUGAGGAGGAAGUCACGUGGGGCCUGGGCUCACAUGACCGGCCGCGAGAUGGACCGGCAGCUUCCCGCUGAGGCGGCGGCUGCUACGGCUGCGGACCUCGCGACGGCAGACUCACCAAAGCCUCAGGUAACCGAGCCCAGGGAGCCAGAUUCAUUUCGAAUGCAGAUGCCUCAAGGGAACCCGUUACUGCUCUCUCACACCCUCCAGGAGCUGCUGGCUAGGGACACUGUGCAGGUGGAGCUUAUUCCUGAGAAGAAGGGCCUCUUCUUGAAACACGUGGAGUAUGAAGUUUCAAGCCUGCGCUUCAAGUCUUCCGUGUACAGAAGGUACAAUGACUUUGUGGUCUUCCAUGAGAUACUGCUACAGAAGUUCCCCUAUCGAAUGGUGCCGGCACUUCCACCCAAGAGAAUGCUGGGAGCUGACAGAGAGUUCAUUGAGACCAGACGGAGAGCUUUGAAACGCUUCAUUAACCUAGUGGCCCGGCAUCCCCCUUUCUCAGAGGAUGUGGUCCUGAAGCUGUUCCUCUCAUUCAGUGGCUCGGAUGUGCAGAAUAAACUGAAGGAAUCAGUCCAGAGUGUUGGAGAUGAAUUCAUGAUUUUUAAACUGGCUACUCGAGCCAAGGACUUCCUCCCAGCUGACAUUCAGGCACAAUUUGCUGCCAGUCGAGAACUGAUCAGAAAUAUCUAUAAUAGCUUCUAUAAGCUUAGAGAUCGGGCUGAGAGGAUUGCAUCCCGAGCCAUUGACAAUGCUGCUGACCUCCUCAUAUUUGGGAAAGAAUUAAGUGCUUUAGGAUCUGACACAACACCACUUCCCUCCUGGGCCACAAUGAAUAAUAGCACAUGGGGGACCCUAAAACAGGCCUUAAAAGGCCUUUCUGUUGAAUUUGCACUGCUAGCUGAUAAAGCUGCACAACAGGGUAAACAGGAAGAGAAUGAUGUGGUGGAGAAGUUGAAUCUCUUCUUGGAUUUGCUCCAGUCCUAUAAAGAUCUCUGUGAGAGACAUGAAAAGGGUGUGCUUCACAAGCACCAGCGAGCAUUGCACAAGUACAGCAUGAUGAAGAAGCAAAUGAUGAGUGCUACAGUACAGAAUCGGGAGCCAGAGAGUGUGGAACAGCUGGAGUCCCGAAUUGUGGAGCAAGAAAAUGCAAUUCAGACAAUGGAACUCCGGAAUUAUUUCUCCUUAUACUGCCUACAUCAAGAGACCCAGCUUAUUCAUGUCUACCUGCCUCUUACUUCACACAUCUUAGGAGCCUUUGUCAACUCUCAGAUACAAGGCCACAAAGAGAUGAGUAAAGUUUGGAAUGAAUUGAAGCCCAAGUUAAGCUGCCUCUUUGCAGGACCCAACAACAUGCCAACACCACCACGAUCACCACAGGAGGGCGAUGUGUUUUCUCAUUAGUUCCUGGAGAGAACUGCCAGGGUUUUAGGCAGUGCUAAGAGUACCCUUUCAGCCUUACUAAAACAUAUCAUCAAACUGUGUCAUUGUGCAUUUCCCUUAAAACAGUAGCUGCCACUCUCUGGUGCUCACAGAUGUUUGGACUGACUGGAACCUGAGCAGAAGACCCCAAUUCAGUGGUAAAUGAUAAGCCUGAGAUUUCAGUUUCCUGUCUUGUCCUCUACUCGUAUUCCUUCAUUUCAUAGUGCUCAGAGGCAAGAUUGAGAAACCACUUACUGUAGGGUACUUUGGGGAGGAAAGCAAAUGCUCUUCUAUGCUGUGGGCUGAAGAGCCACUCAGUGGUGGUUGGUAAUUCCCUUUCUUUUUACAUCCACCUUUUCCCUCCACCACCUCCUUAUAUGCACUCUGAUUUCCUCUCUGGCAGUGGGAAGCAGUAGAUGUGUUCUAUGAAAGGCAAUUCUCCUAGUCUCCAGAAAAGCUGGGAGAUUAAGGAUGACAUUCAUGUAAGUGAACUUGUCUGUGAGUGAAUAUGUUAGUCCCCUGAAAACAGCUGUUUAAUCUUUUGAGGGGACAGAUAAAAUUAAUCAGAAUCAUUGGAUUUCUUUGCCUUCUAGGGGUCAGGAUUAACUGAACAGAUGAGUAAGCAUGAGAAGAGGGUGAAGUUCACAUAUGUAACAGGUUUAUUUCAGUGCAGUCAUACCUUUUUGGUUGAAAUAAUGUUAAUUUUUUUGGUUUUUUCCAAAAUGAGUUUUCAGUGAAAGGUCUAAAAAGUAAUUAUUUAAUGCUAUUGAACACUCUUGCCUUACACUAGGACUUUUCAAUUUCUGUGUGUGUGUGUGUGUGUGUGUGUGUGUGUGUGUGUGUGU